AAGAUAUGUUGUCCCUGGUUUAGAUGCCAAUGUUUUGAGUAAUUUAGACAAGAUAGUCAAAACCAUGUCCGAUUUAGAGCGCAAUUGCGUAAUUUUGUUCGAUGAAAUUAUCAUCAAGUCCGACCUAACUUAUAACAGAGUUAGGGAUGUAAUAGAUGGGUUUGUAGAUUAUGGGAAUGGCCAUCGCGAAAUGGAAAUUGGUAAUAAAUGUUUGUUUUUCAUGGUGAAGGGGCUCAGUUCCAACUGGAAAUAUGUAUUUUCAUAUUAUAUUUCAAAAGGGGGUAUUUUUUCAAAAAGUUUACUGCCAGUUGUGAACAAAAAUAUUUCAGCAUUGAAGUCCAUCGGCCUUAAUGUUAAGGCUUUAAUCUGCGACCAAGGGGCCUCAAACUCUUCCAUUUUUAAUCUGUUUCAAAUUUCUAAGGAAAACCCCUUUUACAUGCACGAAGAUUCAAAACUUUAUUGUUUCUAUGACUAUUGCCAUCUCAUAAAAUCCGUCCGAAACACAUUAAUGAAAUAUGACAUUUCAACUCCUGAUGGAAUAGCCAGUUUUAACGUAAUAAAAAAACUGUACUCAAUAGACCAAUCAAAUACUAAUUUUAAAAUUUGUCCUAAAUUGACCGAGCCCCAUAUAUACCCCAGCGUUUUUGAGAAAAUGUCCGUUAAGCGUGCGACUCAGGUCCUUAGCAAUUCGGUCGCUUCCGGAAUUGAAAUGGCGUUAAGCCAAAAUUUAUUCGGCUCGGACGAAUAUUUGUUAAGAUGUGCGAAGCCUACGCAGUUAUUUGUUAAGAAAAUGAAUGACCUUUUUGACGAGUUAGAUUGCAAAAUUUUAUAUUCAAAAAAUCCCUUUAAAUGUCCGUUGUCCAGGAAUAAUUUCGAGAAAGUCCAGCGUCUUGUUAGUUAUAUAGGGUAUUUAAAACAACUUAAACUUCCGAACGGUGUCCGCGUAAAGUGUAUUGAGGGUUUUUGUAUUACCAUAAGUGGUAUGCUCAAAUUGAGCGAUGAGCUAUUUAAAGAACAGGGGGAUUUACAAUUUUUAUUUUUGGGAAAAUUAAAUCAAGAUGCCUUAGAAAAUUUUUUUUACCGAGUCCGUGCAAGUCAGGGUAUAAAUACCCACCCUAGUGCUAAUGAAGUUCAGUAUAUUGUAGGUCGUUUAGUGUCCAUGAAAAUUCUAAGGCAUAAUUUUGAGAAAAAGGGUAGCAAUUGUGAGGAAGAUGACGAUGUUAAUUUAGAUUGGAAUUUAGGCCCCGAAGAUCGUCAUCUUGAGUUGCAGGAAAGCGAGCAGGAAUUAGUGCAAUUAGCCACCGAUAUAAAUAUAUCUGGCGAAAAUUUUGCUGAGGAGGGUGACACAGCUGACGUCCACAUCAAGCGGUAUUACACUGGCUAUGGUAUUUACCAAAAAAUUCUGUGUAAGCUUCAUUGCGAAAAGUGCAGAAAGGCAAUGUCGAAGACACAAAGUGAUUUAUCACUUUAUUCGGAGGCUCUUAUCAAAGCCAAAAACUACAAGGAAGACACCGAUUUACGGCUUGUCAAUCCUGAUGAUAGGGUCUUCGAAGUGUGUCGACUGCAAAUGAUGUGGUACGUCGAGCUCUUCAGCAAAUAUGCGCAUUAUUCCAAUGUUCGCCGUCUAAUGUUGUCCGCUAUUAAAGAAAAAACAGAAAAAGUUUUCCCUCUUUGGUUUACAGAAACCGAUGAGUGCCUUCCCCAUAAACUUAAGUUGUUAGAAUACUUAGUGACUGUAUUGUUGUACAAAAACUCGAAAUGGUUUGCGGCGGAGAAACAAAGUGAGGAAAGAAAUCGGAAGCGCGACGAAAAAUUAAAAAAACUGAAAUAAACAAUUGCACGCCCAAACCCUUUGCUUAAAGAACAUCUCACUUUCGGGUUUCUUGUAUUUUCAGCCUUUUUUCUUCUAUUUGCAGUUUUCUCUUCUAUUUUCAGGUUUUUUAUUUUCUUAUCUUUGUUUUUUAUUUAGCUGUGCUUCUGAGCCUAGCUUUUUUAAACACAAAAGUUGAUCUUAAUCAAGAUCGAUUGAGUUGUGUUUAAAAAAGCAGGUAAAAUUAAAUGACUUAAUUUAAUUAUUGAGUCGUGUGAGAAUUUGUCCAUUUUAACAAUCGAAUUUUAACAAUGGACAAUUUCGCAAUUCAGAA